AUGGAAUUAGAAUUGAGAUUUUCAAAAUCCGAUAGGUCCUCCAAUUGGGGGUUUCGAAUGGUGGGAGGCGCCGAUUUCCAACAACCGUUGAUUAUUGUCAAGGUUGACGAGGAGAGUUUGUCCGAGAAAAUAGGUUUAAAAGAAGGUGAUGUUAUCAGAAAAAUUAAUGAUACUGAUACUGCAACUUUAACGCAUUCCGAAGCGCAUGAUUUAAUUACCCUAGCUGGAUUACACUUUACCUUAACAGUAGAGAGAGGCGCUUCUAUACCACCAAAUAUACUGCAAAUCGAAGAUAGGAAUAUUGAAGUUAGGGAUGUGCAAGUGUUCGUGAACGAAGAAGUUAUUGAAAAAGCGGAAGAUUUAGCCGAAAUAUUAGGCAAGGAAAUUUUUGUCGAUUUUGGCCAGCAUAAGGCCUUACUCAGCAAGAAGAGUGAAAAGAAAAUGGUACAUUCGAAUUCUACGCAGACAUACAUACCGACAGAAGAUAAAGUAAAGCAAAAAAAAUGGUCCACUUUUCUACAGAAACCAAACAGAGCCGAACGGAAACCAAAAAAAACCGAAGAAGAAGUAAGAAACGAGGCGGAACCAUAUAAAAUCGUCAUCAAAAAACAAUCUAGAAGAAAACCACAACCCAAGGAAAAACGAGUGCAAUUUGACCAGAACAUCGUCGAAGUCGACAUCGAAUCCCUGUCUUCGAGGAAUCCAGAUUCUCCCGAAUUGCUCGUUUCUCCAGAGCCGUACAACGUAGAUUGCGAACAAGAACCCGAUUCAUUAGACGACAAUAGCUACCAGCAAGACGAUGAUAACCAAUAUCAAACUGAGGACAUCGAAGGAUACGGUGGUAAUGACAACGAAACCAAUUUCGAUAAUCAACUCACAGAGGAUCCACUGGAUAUUAAAAUUAAAUCUAUAAAUGAAAUUAUAAUCGACGACCCAAACACUGAAAGCACCUUAACAUUGGCUGAACAACUGAGAUCCUUGCAGAAGCAGCUGGAAAUGUUAUCACAACUUCCUUCAGAGGUCCAAACAACUCUGGAUUCCGUGUCCAAACAACUGGCUAGUAUUGUUAGUAAUCCAGAAGAAACAGAAGAUGACAAUCAAGAUGAAGCAAAAGAAGAGAACAGAGAAGAUGUUUCAAAUUCAUCGAGAGCGCAAGCAGAAGGAAUAGAGGAGGGCGAUGAUUCGAUUAUAGGGGAUGAUUUAGAGGACGAUUCGAUGGUCGAUGAAGAAUUACAAGCCGUUUUGGAUCGAGCUAAAUUAGAAGACGAUGAAGAAGAAGAAAGGGAAACGAAAGAAAUUAUGGAAAAUAUUAACGCUAUAGAGGAGGAAGAACUCAAGCGGAAACAAGAAGAAGAAGAAGAACUGUUGGCUAAAAAAGAAAAGGAUAUGGAGGGCCCGCCGAAGCCGAAUUUCCGGCCCAUCGUCCUUCCGGGCGGCAGGAAAUGGAUCGAUCCCGACGACGUGGUGCCCAAAAGACGGGCGAAACUCACCGACGAGAAGAUCAUGGAACUGUUAGAGGAUAAAAUGGAAGUGAUAGCGGGCAAACGAAAAGGGAUAAACUUCAUGAAGAAUACGCCUCCUCCGAAGAGUCUUGACCAUCUCCAGAGAUCAGAAGUUUACCGCUUAAUCCACGGAAUGGAACCGUCUACUAGGGGAAUCACCAGCAGACCAGAGAAAAUAUUACCGGAGCAAGACUAUUAUGAGGCAUCCAAACAAAAUUCGUACUGACUUAGCUAAAUGUUUGUUCUCGAUUUAAUCUUGUAAAAGUGCA